CCUCCAUGUCUCUCCUCCAGUUAUUAUAGUCUCCUUUCCCUCUUAGAGUCAUACAUACGUGUAUAUAUGUAUCUCUGUGUGUUAUAUGACUAUAUCAAAGGUGAGAAUUAAAAAAGAGAAACCAACAGCAACCUCUCUGCAACAAAACAGUACAGGAAAGUAUUAACAUGGGUAGAGCUCCUUGCUGUGACAAAGCCAAUGUCAAGAAAGGCCCGUGGUCGCCGGAAGAAGACGACAAACUCAAGUCUUACAUCGAAGAACACGGCACCGGCGGCAACUGGAUAGCUUUGCCUCAGAAGAUAGGGCUGAAGAGAUGUGGCAAAAGUUGCCGGCUCAGAUGGCUGAAUUACCUCCGGCCAAACAUCAAGCAUGGAGGGUUUUCAGAAGAGGAAGACAACAUGAUUUGCAGCCUCUAUUUAAGUAUUGGAAGCAGGUGGUCUGUUAUUGCGGCACAAUUGCCUGGACGAACUGAUAACGAUAUCAAGAACUACUGGAACACGAGAUUGAAGAAGAAGCUCAUGGGCAAGCAGCGGAAUGUACAGGCUCAGCGAGAGAGCAGAGUGAAGCGAGAGAUGAAGAGGGCGAGUCAAGCUUUCAUGGUUUCUGAGGCAAAUAUCAACCCAAUUUUUAACUGGCCAAAGCUCCCUCUACCCAUGAAUCCGAGCCAAGAACAUCAUCUGAUCAAAGACCAAACAUCUAUAAACACAAUGCUAGCCAGCCUAGGAGAAAGAUUUCUUGAUGAUCAUCAACAACCGAACAACAAUAGCACAAACCAUCAAUACCCUCUUUAUAUUUCCCCCUUUCAAGACCAAACUUAUGAUAAUUCCAUCAAUUCAUUUUCUUCUUCAACCUCCGUGAAUUCUAUCAAUCACAUCAAUGGAGAUCAAGAUCCAAGCAUGCUUAAAGGAUUCAGCAACUACCUGGCUGAGCUAAAUGGACUGGGGACUUUUCCUGGCCUGGAAAUGGUCAAUGGUAACAGUGGAACUAGUUUUGGAGAAACUAAUAUUAACUGGGUAGAUAUUAACUCUCUGGUCUAUUCUCCCAUGGCCUUAAAUUAUGAACAUUGCCAAAAAGGAUACUUCUGAGCACAGUAUCAGGCCAGUGGAUGGUGAUGUAUAAAUGCCACUUAUUUCUUUGUUUACCUGACCAGUGAUUUUUUUUUCUUCAUAUUUGCUCCAUUUGUUUGUUUACUUUUUCACUGUAAGUUUUGAACUUUCUAUGGCCAAGUCUGGGCACGGAAUCUCAUGUACAUGUUCCACUGCCAUUGGGUCCAUUUUCCUGCUAUUUAGACAUGAAAGUUUGGAGCUUCUUAGUUCGUGUAUUCUAAUGAUAAAGGCUAAAUUAGUAAAGGUACUAUC